AAUUUAAAGAUUGCUGAAGACUGAAAUCAUUGCCGCGUUGAAAACUGACAAAGAAAAAGGUGACGUUGAGUUUAUCAAUUAAAAAUGUUUUCGAAUGAAAGCAGUAUAAUUAACGUGGCACUUAUCACUGGUUCUGCCAUAUUUCUUUCUUCGAUAGCGCUGUAUCACUUUUUAUAUUGGCGGAAAGGUAUCCAUUGCACAUUUUGCCCGUUUUCUGGUUUUACUAGAAAGAAAUUAACCCUUGUGGAUUCAGAAGCGAUAUAUCCUUUGGCUUUAAUGCAAAAAGAAAUUGUUAAUCACGACACACGAAGAUUUCGUUUCAAGCUACCCACGAAUGAACACAUUCUUGGUUUGCCUGUUGGCCAACAUAUUCACCUUUCUGCUAAGAUAAACGGAAAGCUUGUUGUUCGUCCAUAUACGCCGGUUUCAUCCGAUGAUGACAAGGGAUAUGUCGAUUUGAUGGUUAAGAUUUACUUUAGUAACGUUCAUCCCAAGUUUCCGGAUGGUGGAAAAAUGACGCAGUAUCUUGAGAAAAUGGAGAUAGGUGAAACAAUUAAUUUUCGCGGUCCUUCGGGAUUAAUCGUUUAUGAAGGAAAUGGUUCGUUUGCUGUGAAAUUAACGAAAAAAGCAGAACCGAAAAGUCGCAUGUACAAAAAUAUCGGUAUGAUUGCAGGUGGUAGUGGUAUCACACCGAUGCUGCAAAUUAUCUUAGCAAUUGUAAAGGUUCCGGAGGACCCUACCAAGGUGUCACUGAUUUUUGCAAACAAAGAUGAAGCCGAUAUAUUGCUUAGAGAUGAGUUAGAUAGAUUAGCGGCGGAUCACCCGACGAAAUUCCGUGUGUGGUAUACAGUCGACCAGGCAAAGCCUGACUGGAUAUACUCAACAGGAUUUGUGAAUGCAGAAAUGAUCCAGAAGCAUUUACCCAGACCCGGAAACGAUACGGUAAUCUUGAUGUGUGGCCCACCACCAAUGAUCAAGUUUGCCUGUAUACCAAGCCUCGAUAAGUUAGGUUAUCCAGAGAGUGACCGUUUGAUUUUCUAAAUUUCAGCUUACUGGUAAAUUGAGAAGUUUCUAGGUUUCUGUAGUUUAAAUCUCUAUAUCUGUCCCCCUAUUUGACAGUGAUGGCUGUCAUAGAUUUGUUCAGCGACUUGAAUGAGCUUUUAUACUUUACUGCUCUCAUCUUUGUACAUAUAUGAUCUUAUAGAAAGUAGCAGAACCAUGAAUGCUUCCUCAUGAAUUAAUUUGUUCUGUAUGUUAAAUAAACUUGUUGAAUUCCU